UAUCUUGCCGUGUUUACAAUUAUCGAGAAACAAAAAAACAAAAAGUGGUUCGGUCCUCCUCCUCCUCCUCCGAUCCUCUCAACUCCAAAACCAAGCCUCGAGAAUUCAUCCAUUCUACACCCGUUCGAUCGAUUUGAUUUCCUCCUGGGAAUUGAAGCCCGACGACCCAUCAAGAUUCUGGAUCAACCCGAUUGAUUGAUUUACCCAAGAUCCAAAAUCUUUUUCUUUUUUUCCCGGCGAUGGACGUUUCGCCGCUUCUUGGCCGGAACAGACGACGGUCCUCUCAGCAGCUUCGUGGCGCAGCGUCGAGACUUAUCCGCCGUGCAAGCAACCGUCGGAUGAUGCUCCGUGAGCCAUCCGUUAGAGUCCGUGAGGUUGCCGCUGAGCAGCUUGAGGAACGCCAGAGUCAAUGGGCUUACUCUAAGCCCAUUAUUGUUCUCGAUAUACUUUGGAAUUUCGUCUUUGUGGUUGUCUCUGUCGCGAUUCUAGGGUUUACUUCUCAACAAGAAGAUCCUCUUGUUCCUCUUAGGGUUUGGAUUGUUGGGUACAAUCUCCAAUGUUUGUUUCACGUUGCCUGUGUCAUCGCUGAGUACAAACGUCGCCGCCGAGAAGCUAAUAUUAAUGAUGAUGAUUCCUCCAAUCACGGAUCUCUCAGCGGCGGAAGUGAAGAAGACGAAGAAUCUGAUGAUGAUGAUGGCUAUAUCAUUAACGAUGCUGAUGGAACUAGCUUCACCAAGCACCUUGAAUCUGCGAAUACCAUGUUCUCUUUUGUCUGGUGGAUCAUUGGGUUUUAUUGGGUCACAGCUGAUACUGAGGGACUACCUCAAUCUUCCCCUCAGCUCUACUGGCUCUGUGUUGCAUUCCUUGCCUUUGAUGUUAUGUUUGUUGUCAUUUGCGUUGCGGUUGCUAGUCUUAUCGGUAUUGCUGUUUGUUGCUGUUUGCCUUGCAUCAUCGCCAUCUUGUACGCAUUAGCAGAUCAGGAAGGUGCAGCGGAUGAAGAGAUAGAAAGACUUUUAAAAUUCAAGUUCCUCACAGUUAAGAAUUCCGAGAAAGUGAAUGGCGAAAUCCGGGAAACUCAAGGUGGGAUCAUGACUGGGUUAGGUGCCGAGUCUCAAACCGAACGUGUGUUAUGUAGCGAAGAUGCUGAAUGCAGCAUUUGUCUAUGUGGUUAUGAAGAUGGAGUAGAACUAAGGGAACUUCCUUGUAGACACCAUUUCCACAGUUUAUGUGUAGACAAAUGGCUAAGGAUCAACGCCACUUGCCCUCUCUGCAAAUUCAAUAUUCUCAAAAAUGGCGAACCUAGUGGUAGUGAGCAAGUGUGAGUAGGAGAAAGAUUUUGUUGCUGCUCGCUCAAUCUUUGUGGAAUGUGAUAAGAGUAUUCUUUGGCCAUUACAGAGGCAUGAACAAGAAAGAAGACCUCGAGAUUUGUUUCGAGACGAAGCUGCAUGUCUUGUCUUUUUUUUUUUGGAUAUAUAAUAUAUAUUUGUAAAAUGCAAUAAGUAGUAUAUAGUUCGGUUGGAAAUUGUUCUUCAGGGAGUCAGGUGUGAUGAGAACCGUUUGGGGUUUUAAGUUUUUCAGUCAACGGCUUGAUUAGAUCCGAAUUAGAUAAGUUAAUACGGUGAUGAAACCAUGUUUAUAUUGUUGUGUGUGAGGUGACGUCAUUGCUAUUGUA